AUGAUAUAUCCACACUGCACUUUUGUUACAUUUAUUAGGGACGCUAGGAUGAGUAUCCCAGACGAUGUAAGUCGAAGCGAGGCGGAAACGGAGAGUCCAUUAUCACAUGAAGCUUUGAUAGCAUCGUCCCUAGGUUGGUCUGUGGAGACUGAGAAAUUGGCAGGAAAAGAACAUUUCGUAGCCGUGUGCGACUACUGCGCAAGAGAUUUUGUUCUUGGCGAUAUCGUUUUCGACCCAGUUAAGCGUCAUCAACGAUGGUGUCCUGUCUUGGACGUGAACGAAGACGACGGUGUUCCUCUGUGGAGGCUCAUCUACUCACGAUUGGCACCCGUUAGGCAACAGGUUCGUACAAAGAAGGUCAAAACCCUUUUCCUUCGGAGCGCGUACCACUCAAGAAUAUGUAACUCAGAGGGAAGAAUUUGA